AUGCCGUCCAAAGAGAAUUCGCGUGAACGACCGAGCGAUGACAAGCAGCAAAAUGGCGACUCGGAGAAAGGCAAGGAUGGGGAUGAGAAGCCCAAGCCUGUUGGACUCUUUUCUCCAGAACUCAAGCAUGUGAGGCGGGAGAUUGCUUGGAAGUGGUGUUUGACGACAGUAACACUGAUGGCUGCCAUCAUGGCCGUGCUGUCUCUUUACUGGGCUGCAUUGUUCCAUGUCGAGCAAAACCUAUCUUCGCUGGUCGUAUACGUCGUGGACUUCGAUGGGCAAGGCCCGAAUAGUGUAGCUGGACAAGAACCCCUGGUCGGACCAAUCAUCCAAGGCCUUGCUCGCACUCAGGUCGCAUCAGGCACACCAACCCUUGGAUGGGGACCUCUCUUUGGAGCAGACUUCGACUAUGAUCCGAUAGCCGUACGACAGGCUGUGUACGACUGGGACGCCUGGGCCGCCAUCAUCAUCAUGCCCAAUGCGACCUCGCAGCUCUACAGUGCCAUCCAGAAUGGAAACACAAGUUACGACCCCAUGGGAGCAUGUCAGUUGAUCUAUCAGUCAGCCAGAGACGACCAAACCUGGUACGACUACAUGUAUCCGUUGAUUGCCAAGUUUCAAACCGAGGCUACGUCCAUGGUCGGCCAGCAAUGGGCUCAAUUGAUCCUCGAAAGAGCAACAAACGAUCAAAACCUCUUGCAGAACAUGGUCAAUGUGCCACAAGCCGUCUCACCAGCAAUUGGCUUCUCCGAAUUUGACCUCAGACCUUUCUACCCGUACACAGCAGUCCCCGCCACAACGAUCGGUCUCAUCUACCUCAUCAUUCUCAGUUUCUUCUCCUUCGCCUUCUACCUCCCCAUCUGGUUCAGAUUCCUGAACCCCGAAGGCCACCCCCCACUUAAAUUCGUCGAGUUCGUCGCAGUCCGUUGGGGUGGUACUGUACUGGCUUACCUCUUCCUCUCACUAGCAUACUCUUUCGUCUCUUUGGCUUUCCAGAUCAACUUCUCGGGUGGCAACCCCAUUACCUCAGAGACACAGGUUACUAUGGUAGAAUACGGUAAUCCUGAUGCCUAUGGCAAGGGUACUUUCCCAGUCUACUGGAUGUUGAACUUCGUCGCCAUGUGUGCACUUGGUCUUGCGUGUGAGAAUGUGGCUAUGGUUGUUGGGCAGCCGUGGACAGGUUUAUGGCUCAUCUUUUGGGUCAUUUCUAAUGUAGCGACUGCAUUCUACAACAUCGACAUUGAACCUGCAUUCUUCCGUUGGGGAUACGCAUGGCCAUUACAUAAUGUAGUGGAAGCUAGCAGACAGAUUCUUUUUGACUUGCAUUCACGCAUUGGAUUGAACUUUGGUGUUCUAUUCGCUUGGGUGGCAAUCAACACUGCUCUUUUUCCUUUUACUUGUUGGUUCCUCUUGUACAAACGUAGGCACAACGUACAUGAGUACUGGGCCUAA